AUGGCUCUUCCACCGUCGACUGCGAACUGGCACUGGAAAAACAAAAACGUUACGCGAUGGGCACGAGAGUGGUUUGAGCAGGAGCUGGUGACGAUCUCUGUCAAAGGGGACUCCGACGGCGAGGUCGCCCGCGUCUCGCGCGUCACGGAGGUCGAUGGCGACGUCGAGCUCGGGCAGAGAAAGUCCAAGCUGAUCACGAUUUAUGAUUGCAAGAUCACCUUAGAUUGGUCGGGCCAGGCCAGCGAUGGCACCGACGUCGAGGGCAAGCUGACUAUUCCUGAAGUUUCUCAUGAGAAUACGCUCGACCGCUCAACCGACUAUGUGUACGACUGGUCUCUGGUCACUUCUGCCUCUCCAGCCGUCCUGGCCCUGUAUGAAGUCAUUAAGAAGCGGUUGCCUGCGGCGUUGGAAGCGAAGUUUGCUGAGUUCCCUGAGGUCCUCAUCAACACACAUGGCAAGGACUUGACCGUCAGUGCAGAUCCUAGUCGCACAGGGACACCAGCGCCUUCGGGUUCAGCAACGCCUGCGGCGACGUCAGCUAAUGCGCCGCCUGCACCCACUCCCAAGCCCGCGAAGAAGGAGAACGUGAACACCGCUACUGUUAGCGUCAACGCGAACCUCGUCGCGUCUGCCGACGAUCUGUACAGUCUUUUAACGGAGCCAGGAAGGUUGCCAGCUUGGACACACGCCGCGGCCCAGUCGUCGCCAACAGUAGGUGGAGAAUACUCGCUGUUCGGCGGAGGUGUAAGUGGAAAGUACAUCUCACUCGCACCCGGAAAAGAGAUUGUGCAGUCGUGGUCCCUCAAAAGUCCGACAUGGCCAUCAGGUCACAGCGCGACAUUGACGACAACGUUGGAGCAAGGGAGCGAUUCUACGAAGAUUACACUCUCGCUUGCUGGCGUCCCCACUGGAUCAGAGGAGGAGAUAACUAGGAAUCUAGAAGGAUACUAUAUCCAUGGUUUCAAGUCAAUCGGGUAUGUCCAGAUAUUUCCCUACACUCUUUCUUCCCAGCCCAAGAAAUCGGCGCUUGCGUCGAAGCCACGCCCCUCCUAUGUCCCAGCUGCUAUUAUCGCCACACUGGUUCUUGUAGCUGCUUUCUCCAUUCCCUUUUUCUCCACGCCUCCAUCUAAGUAA